AUGGCGGGCGCGGGCGGGCGGAGCUGGCGGGACCUGCUCGGGAGAGCCAGGAAGCGGAAAAGCCCCUUUGGGAGUGGAUCAGAGCUCCAGGAAGCGGCUCUGAGGCUGCUGGAUCACCACCAGAACCUGACUGACCUCCUCCUGGAGGUGGGAGAUUCAGCCAAGCCAAGUGUGCAGGAUGGCACAGAGCAGCUGGGAGUAUCAUCAGAGUCAUUUAUAGUCUCUGUUCUGCAGGAACAGGCCUCCAAACUGGACGUGCCCACAGCGACCUUGGCAGCCAAAACCGCCGUUACCAACAUAGAGCGGAUCUGCCAGGCUCCUGCCAGCCCCUCUCCAGUGCCACUGCUGAGCUUGGACCAGAGAAAGAGGUUGUCCUCCUUGCUUCAAACGGUGAAGGAUUUGCUGGCAAACAAUGUGUUCUGUCGCUCCCUCUUCUGCCAAGAAAUGUGGAAAAUGAAGGAGCCUCCAGUGCUGGAAGUCGUGUGGCACCUGCACAGUGGUGACAUCGCUGGACUGGCAGACCUGCUGGAGAGGAGUCCAGCAGGCUCUGAAGUGGUGGAGUGGCUGUGUAGUGGCCUCUGUGGACUCUGCCAGCAGGCUGGGAACAUCCCCUCUGGGGACACGGAGCUGGCACACCACCUUCUCUCAGACUUUGCCAUCGUGUUCCUUCAGAAUGGCUUUGAGCAAGCUUCGGAGCUGGGAAGGAAGGUGGAAUUCCAGAAGGUUCCCUAUAUCUGCCAUGCUGUCUUGCAGAGAAUGCUGGCAUGGGUGCUCGAUGCUGUUGGUAAAGAGAAGCAGAAAGAUGUUUCCACGUUGCAAGCUGUGAGGUUCUGGCUGAAUGUGUUCAAUGUGUCUGUUUAUGGAAGUGUGGCUCACCCGGAUUCCAUGCGGCAGUUCUUCAGACACACCCUGACCGAGGUUCUCACCUACAACCCAGUGCUGAAAGUGUCUGAUGCCAUCCAGAUGCAGAAAGAGUGGAGCUUUACCAGAACUUCUUCCCUGCUCACUACCCUGUAUCAAAAACUGUUGGUGGCAUUCAGUGCGAAGGAAUCCAUCUCCCAGCUGCAGCAAGUCCUGGAGACCCACGAGGUGAACUGGCAGCACGUCCUGUCCUGUGUUUCCACACUGGUGGUGUGUCAGGCCGAAGCUGAGCAGCUCUUCAAGGAUCUACUGAGCCAUCUCCUGCUAAAGGCCUUUGGGAAUUAUGACAUGGAAAAUAUGAUCACCGCAUUCCUGAUCGCUCGUCAGGCUGCUCUGGAGGGCCCUGCUGUCUUCAUGCCUUACUCUGAGUGGUUUAAGGCUUCUUUUGGGAGUGCUGGUGGCCACCACGGGAGCAGUAAGAAAGCUCUGGUCUUCCUCUUCGAGUUCCUGUCAGAGCUGGUGCCCUUUGAAGCUGCCCCAUACCUGAAGGUCCAUAUAAUGUACCCACCUUUUGUGCCAACGAAACACCGGUCCCUGCUCUUGGAAUACAUCACUUUGGCUAAAACCCGACUGUCUGACCUCAAGGUGGCCAUAGAGGACAUGGGGCUCUAUGAAGACCUGUCUUCCACUGAUGAGGCUGUGCAGCCCCAGGGCCAGGCACUCCGUGAUGUUGAAAAGGCCCUUCAGAUAUUUGAAAAUACAAGGAAGAUCCCAACAUCUGUGAUAGAAGCCAGUAUUUUCAGGCGACCAUAUUACACUUCCUGGUUCCUUCCUACCUUGCUCAGACCACGUGUGCUCCCUAAAACCCCAGAUGCAUGCAUGGCUUUUAUAGACUCUCUGAAGAGAGCUGAUAAAAUACCCUCAAACUUGUACUCCUCAUACCUGCAAGCCUGUCAUGCUAUGAAAGAGAAGAUGUUACAAGAUGAGUCCAAAGCAGAGCCCAGCCUUUCCAAAGAGCCUGUUGAGCAGCUGAAGGCUGAGCUGGCUGAGCUCAGGACACUGGUUGUGGACCAGACUCAGUGGGAAGAUGUGCCAGCACAGAUUGCCGUGAUUUCAGACAGACUCCGGUAUGUCCUGAGUGACAGCAAUGAUGAGAAUGAAGCUGCUCCUUUGAAUUCUCCAAUCCCAGUCUCCAUUCCUGCCCCCAGGCUGGAACCCAGCCAUCGGAGAGUUGUUGAUCUUUUGCUGACAUCAUUCUGCCAAGCCCUAAUAGCUGCUUCCUCUUUUAACCCUCCUGACAGGCAGGGCCCAUGCCUCUCCUUGUUGGUGAAGAUGAUGUGUGGACACAGGAAUCUCUUACCUGCACUUUUGUCCAGGCUCUGCCAGCUCAUUUAUCAUCAGGGUCCUUCCUUGACUGAUGCUCAUAUUUUAGGACUAGCAGCUUUUGUGAUCCACUUAAGUGAAUCGAGAGCUUUAAUUCCUGGAGUAGAAGCCAGUUUUGGGAUCUCCCAGCCUGUUCCUGAAAAGGCCUUUUCCAUCUCUGAGUAUUGGACCUGCUUGCUCAUGUGCAGGACAGAAGAGUCAUUUGCCUUCUGCAUGAGGUUUUGCACUGCAGCAGCAACUUAUGCGAUGUGCAAGUUCUCAUCAUGUUCUCAUGAAGAUUUUUGUGCCUUGAUUCCUCCUGGCCUGAUUAAAAAGCUGCAGCACCUUGUGCCUCGGCUGAGCUUGGAAGCUCGAGGGGUCCUGUGUGAGGAGGACAAAACUGCCCUAACCUGGAGCUCCCUGUCCUGCCCCUCUCUGAACUACAGAAGAGCCAGCCUGUGUUUGUGGAAGCAAGCACUCUUCCAAGAGCUCUUAAAGGAAAAAGCAUUCCAGCUGUCUUUCAGAGAGUGGCUGCUGAUGGAGCUUGAGUUGUGCCCUGAAAAGGAUAUUCUCUCUGCUUCAGAAAGGCAGGAUUUCCAUUACUGGGCCAUCUAUCAACGGUAUCUUCCUGCACCUUCCGCUGCUGGUGGCUGUGAUGGAGACCUGGAGAAGGCAUGUGGAGUUAUUAUCAAUGCCCUCCUGGAUUCCUCACAGAGGCUGGAUGUGGGUGGCUGUGGCCAGUCGAAGAUGUCACUUAGCCCUGAGAUUCUCUGCAGGCUGCAGGAGCUGGUGCUGGAGCUGAGCUGUAGGCAAAAGCGUCUCAGCUGCUUGGCUGCCCAGAGACACUUCCUGUUUGAGAUUCUCCAGGGAAGACUGAGAGACAGAAAGAAUGGAUCUGCUUUGGAAGAGCAGCUGUGGAGGCAGCAGGAGCUGCUGCUGCACAGAAGGAUUCUGGUCGGGCUCCCUGCAUCUGCUCUGAUCACCACGUGUUGGAAAGGAAGGAAAACAGUGUUAGACUGUGAAGACUUUUUUCAUUUUGUGAACUCAGAGCUGAAAAAUGUCUGUUCCAGAGGGUACGCGCUCUCCUACGACAUCACAGCUCACUUCUUCAGGGGCCUGCUCAAUGCCAGCUUGGACUGUGAGGAGGCAGCAGAGGGGGUCAACGAUGCUCUAACAGCCUGUCAAACCAAAUGUCCCCUGGUGCUCCUCUCUGCAGCGCUGUGGUGGCCAAGGCUGGAGCCAGUACUUUGCUCUCAGUGGAAGAGACUCUUUGGGGCUCCACUUGCAGAAGAGCUGGACAGACUGAGGGGCUGGCAGUCCUCAGGUACCAGAUUCCUUUCUUCAGGAGCUGUUUUCCCUCUCUCUGACCCUCCCUGGCUCUUGGCUGCCUUCCUCCACAGUGCCAUCCUACAGCAGUCACCACGUGGACGAGAGAGAGAGGCACUGAAAAGGCUGGGGACUGAUGCAGAGCAGCUCCUUGUUUCCCUGCUGUUCUUCUCACUCCUGGAUCUCAUCUCAGCCAAAAUAGCACCAAAGGAAGGAGUGGAUUUUCAGACAUCUCUGGAAUGGUCCCUGGAGAUCUUGCAGUGCCUAGAAGAGAGAGGCACAUCCUGGCCACUUCUCUUCCAUUCAGCAGAGCAAGGCUCUGGGAAAUACUGUGUCCUGCGCGACGCGGCCUCAGACCGUCACAUCCGCCUCCUGCCUGUGGCAUUCUACAGCCUCACCCCUCGCUUCCCCCGUGAGCUCCUCCGGCGAGAGCCGACCUUCCUCCUCGCGGCACUCAACUUGUACAUCCAGCUGCUACAGCUCUUUGUGGAAGGGGAGGUCCUGCCACAGUCUGAUCAAGACCCCACAGAGCAUGAUCCCUUGGAGGUGAUCUCUGUGGCCCGGCGGUUCCUGAUGGGAGCCAUCCCACAGUGCCUCACCCAGAGCUUUGGGAACAUACAGCCGCUCCUGGCCAUCUGUGAGGAACUUGACCCAGAGCUGGGAGCCACUCUCCUGCACUUCUCCAGGCCUGCUGUGGCUAUGGAGCUGGAGGAAGAGCUGGAACUGUUCUGAGCAAGGGGCAGACACUGGCA